AUGGUACAGGCAGAUGGAACCCUCUUCUCACCUGCUUCCUCAGGGUGGAGCUGCUAUGUUUCUGAAGGACAAGGGGCGCCGGUUCUCUCUGGCUUCUUCCUGCUGAACAGGGGCAGCGAGGGGAGGUGGUCGUCAGGGAAUGCAAGCCCCAAAGCCGAAGGGACUUACUCCGUAUCCUGCCAUCCGGGGGGUUGGUCAGCCGCCUGGGUCCGAGGCUUCCGCGGCGGUGGAGCUCGAGGGGGCCUCAACGGCAAGUGCCGGGGGCCCUCACCUCGGGCCUCACAUGCCCUUAAUAGUAUUGAGAAUUCCACUUAUAGAACGGCCUUCAAAUUACGAUCACUGCAAACCCUGUGUCAAUUGGACUUGAUUGGCAGUUCUCUGAUUCAGCAUGUCCUACUACGUCAGCAUCUCUGGGAGGCAGGAGAAAGCACCCUCUCUCUGCAGCAGCUUUUUCAGGCUCUGCAGGCGAUGUUCCAGAAAGUCAGAGUGGAAAAACCAGGACAGGUGCACCCCAGGGCUUCGGAACUCACUCUGAGCCUUCUCACUACGAUGUAUGACAGCACAGGAAUGGGUUUUCUCAAGCUUGCACCUGCAGCCGCCGCUCUGAUCACCCUCUCAGGGGACAGUCCUCUUACAAAAUACAGAGCUCUUUUUCAGCUCUAUGCAGAAAAUAACAGGGGAGGUCAUGAUUUGGGGGCACGCAUGACUCGAAGGGUUUUGAGAAACCUACUAACAGAUCUACAACAGAUUCCAGCUGUCGUUGGGGAAAGUCGUGCUCUGUGCUCUGUGGAGAGUGCUACACGCAGCUGUUUCCAAGGGGUGUUGAGCCCAGUAAUCAAAGAAGAGAAAUUCCUGUCUUGGUUGCAGUCUGAGCCUCCCAUCCUCUUAUGGAUCCCAACCUGCUACCGACUGUCAGCCACUGAAAUGGCCACUCACCCUGUUCGCUGUAGAAUCUGCAGGAACUUUCCCAUCACAGGACUGAGAUACCGCUGUCUGAAGUGUCUCAACUUUGACAUCUGCCAAGUGUGUUUCUUAUCUAGUCUUCAGGGUGAGUCCCACCAGAAGUCUCAUCCCGUGGUUGAGAACUGCAUCCAGAUGUCAGCAAAGGACAAUGCAAAACUCAUCCUCAGGACCCUCAGAAACAAUCUGCUCCAAGGGCGCUGUAGGAGGAAAGAAGCUGCGAGAAGGCAAUGGCUCCUGGACAAGGUGAAUCCAAAGGAUGUGGCUAAACGUGCAUGGGCCAGGCUCCUUAAAAAGCAGUUAAACCAACACAAAGACAAGUUGCAAGCCAUCUACGCCUGCCAGGAAGAAAAAAGUUGCAGAUAUGAUACAAAGAUUCACGAACUCACAAUCAAUCAGGACAGUCUGUGGACCAAGCUGCAGCUAAUGGGACAGGAUCUACAUGGAUAGAAUGCAAUGUUGCAGCCCCUCCAUCCUUCAUCUUUUUCCUGGCAAAAUGUGAUUGCCAAGGGUGACCAUGGAAAGGGUGAAGAAAGAUUUCAGAACAGGGGAGGAGAUUCUUCCCAGAUCAAGGGUUCCACUGAGGAUGGUUCACAACAAGAAACACUUCCUAAGUCCACCGUGAUUAAUGGAAGCCACAGAGGUCCAGCGCCUGCAAGACAUGCUCUACCAAACUCAGAAUUACCAGAGGCCACCUUAAAGCCGAGGCCAGCGCAAAGCCCCAGGGCACAAAGCCGAGCACAGAAGACCUCAAAGGAAACCUCUAGUGCCCUGCCCAGUUCCCAGGAAGGACGGCUGCAAGACAUCCCAAAAAUUCCUCCUGUUGAAAUGACUGGUCUUGCUCUGGCACCAGGGGAAAAGAGAGGGGCAAUGAACAUCCAGGAGAGGAACGAUGAGCUAGAGAAAGAAGAACUGCAAGAAAUAUUGUCAAAACUCACAGAUGCCUUCACUCUGGAAACGCCUUCUGACCUGCAAUCUUCAGUAAACCUGGACCUAUAUUGUGGAGCUGAGGGAGUGUGCAGGGCCUUCUCUGCCCUUGUUGAUCAGAUCACCUUGACCGACCUGAAGUGA